CGUAGCUCUUCUGAAAAGAUCCCCUUUUUCUCUACGUUUACCUCAAUUGAGUUUCCAGAUCUUUUGUUCGCUCUUCUUAUCACUUGGAAAAAGGUGAACCCUCGUGUUAUUUUUAUUUAAAUCUUUGCUUUAAUUGUAGUUUUCCCCUUGUGGUCCCUGAUGGCUUCGCACAGUGAUACUCUGGUGGUGUUCUUUGGGGCAACAGCUGGUGCAAAUGGGGGUAAACUGGGUUCGGAUGAGAGGGAAAUAAUUCUCUUGGUGUGGCAAAUUGUGGACCUUCAUGAGAAAAAGGUGGGGAAGCUUCACAGGUGUCUUGUCAAACCGGACACUUUUGAGCUGACAGAGCAGUGUAAGGAAGAAAUAGGACUGACUCUAGAAGAAUUAUCCAAAGCUGAGCCUCUAGACAAAGUUCUGCAACAGUUUCAACAGUCUGUCUCAUCAGAACUAAAAUGCCUUGGCAGGGGAUCUUAUACAUUGUGUGUCAACAGUUCACUGGUUAUUCGUCAGGCACUCCACCCAGAAGCUUCCAAAAAGAAUCUCGUACUUCCUGAAUGUUUCUUUUCAUUUGUCGAUCUAAGGAAGGAGUUCCAUAAAUGUUGCCCUAAUGCAGGACCAGUGCAAAAGCUCACCCUGUCGUCUAUGCUGGAAU